AUGCCCACCGCCAGAGCUGUAAAAGAUGGCGUCGUUCUCGCCGAGGCAAAUGCCUGGGAGACGGUAGAGGGGAACGUCUACUUUCCUCCUUCGGCGAUCAAAGAUAAGGAGCUAUUCUCGAAGUCCGACACAACGACCUAUUGCCCUUGGAAGGGAGAGGCAGAGUAUUACUCUAUCAAAAUCGGAGAGAACAAGAUUCAGGAUGCGGCAUGGUACUAUGCCCAGCCCUACGAGAAGGCAGCACAUAUCAAGGACCAUGUGGCAUUUUACAAGGGAAAGGUAGACGUUACUAUUGAAUAG